GAAAUAAUGUAACUUUGCCUAUAUUUGGAUUUCCUCACACAGUGAAACCUUUUGAGUGAAAUAGAAAAGACCAACCACCCUAUCCAUUACUCCUGCUAAGGUGAGACAAACCCAUAAGAUUACCUAUGGAAUGCUGUCAGGAAUAUUAAUCUAUCAAGCAUUGCACAGUCAGUCGGUGAACAAGUUUAAGAAAGCUUUAUUGCUUGCGGCCGGCCCACAAGGAGACAAAAACAUCACACGCCAUUGUGCUACAAAGUUUGUCUGGUUCACAAGUCUUCAGGUAAGACCAUUUAUUGGUGAGAAGUCUCCUCCCCUGCAUAUCAGCUGUCAAUAUGAUCGAUCCUAGAGACAGAGUGCGCGUGCACGUGGAAACUUACAGAGUUCUCCGACCCUAGGCUUGACCAUAUGAUUCACUCAACACAGAUAAGGUUUAUUGCACCUCUAGUAUGAUAAUGGUCAACCUAGGUCAGUUUGUUUACGUAAGCCUAGUGUCAUCUAUAGGUCAUGUGGGGAGAGGGCUCUCUACUGACAAAGGAAUGCUAGCACCAGUAUUUUCAGAAUAUAACCUUACAUUCUAAAUUUCUCCGACAAAUGCUUACUGGUUGACGUAUGACAUACAGACCUUCAUUGAUAAAACAAAGCAUCCGUUGCUAGAUUAUUAAGAAUCAGUUGUUUGAUUUACAUGCAGCAUGAUUCAGACUGUGGUCUGCUGUUGUGAGAAGCCUUGGGCACACUUCCCUGUCAUCAAGUUCCUCUGAACCAGCUUGUCUGGUUCGGUCACGUUAAAAUCAUCAGGAGAGAUCGAGAAAGUCAGAUAGAGAGUGUGUCAGAGACAGAGAUAGUUAGAUACCGUGAGACGAGGGGGGAUGGGUCAUUUUUAUGCUUUUCAUUUUUAAUGCUUUUUAUUCUUACACUCCAGAGUCAUGUGACACAAACCCUCCAAGGGCACCAUAACUCAGAAAUAAUUCAGCAGAAACUCUGAGAGCACUUCACCCCACAGAGAUUCUGAAUGUAGCCCAAAUCACAGCCCAGUGUGUGUCAUUCAUGUUGUCUUUGUGUUUCAUAGAGAGGUACACUCUACAACAUGAAAUUAAACAGUAACACAUAACUUCACAUGCAGUAUCUCAGUGUAAUUUUUAGAUUUCCUGCUCAUUUGGAGGGCUCUUUCAUGCUACAGUAGCAGCACUGACAGUCUAUGGAUUAGCAGAUUAUGAACUAGUAGCCAACGGACAAGCCAACACAUUAUCCACCCAGUGGCGCCAUCUGCUGAUGAAAUCCUGUUGCAUCUCAUACCUUAGGGGGAUGAACAUGUUUUUGUUCUCGAGACUUUCGAAAAUCUCCACUGGGUGGAGACUUUAAACCAGAAAUCCUCGAGGGACCCCAGGCUGGUUCUGGCCCUGCUCCUGACCCCUGUCCAGACAUCUACAUUUUUCAGCUUGAAUCAGUAAAUUCCACCAUAUUGUAAGGAUCCCCACCCCACCUCCUCGACCUCCACACUUGCCCCCCAGGUGUCUGAACAAAUACUGUUAUACACAGCCAUUCCAAUCCCACCCACAGGCAAAGAGACAGGAUAUCUCAGAGGGCUGUGAUGCUUGUUUCAGUCAGUGACGUCACCCUAACUCUAACCUGCAGACACAUCUUGUGAUUGUCGAGAAACAAGUCCUUUUCUCAAUCGGUCCCUCAAGAAUGGUGGGCGGGGCAAUCCUGUCGAGAUGUGUUGUGGGAGGGGCUAACAGGUGUGUUGAACUGAAGUUACUGGCAGCAGGAGGCAUCAGUCUGCUGGCCACACCCUAGGGAGGAUACAGAGAGAGGGCCAAGGAGACACAGGCGAAAUCAGGGACAGAGAUAGAGAGGGAGAGAAAGAGAGAGAGGGAGGGAGGGAGAGAGAGAGAAGUCGCAGAGAAGCAGCCAGAAAAGAGAAAGAGUCCAACAGAAAGAACCAGAAAGAACGGAUAAAGAGCUGCAAAAAUAAAAGGUUGCCUCAGUUGGGAGACACCGAGGAGUAUAAAGAAGAUCAUGGUGACUUGCGUCAGUCUGUUGCUGUUCCUGUCUGUUUUCUUGUUGCCAACGUUGACAGGUGGCACGCAUGAAGGGGCUACUGCCUCUGGUGACAUCAUCAUAGGGGGUAUUUUCCCUUUCCACGAUGAUGUGGAGGAAAACACCACAAUCGUCCCUCCGCAUGAGGCUAAGUGUGUGAGGUUUAAUAGUAAUGCAUUAAACAGUGGCCUGGCUAUGAUCAACACGGUGGAGUUAGUCAACCAGUCUCCCUCCCUGUCCCGGCUUGGCCUGAAGCUGGGCUAUCGCAUCCAAGACUCCUGCUCUGACGUGACCACGGCCCUGAGGGCCAUCAAUGGCCUCCGCAAACAAGGGGAAGCGGCUGGCGGCUCACUCCCGCCCAUCACCUCCAUUGUCGGAGCUUCCUCCUCUGAAAUCUCCAUCGCUGUUGCCAGGCAACUGAACCUGGAGCUCAUUCCUCAGAUCAGCCACUCCUCCACCGCCACCAUCCUAAGCGACAAGAAGCGUUUCCCAGGCUUCCUGCGUACGGUUCCCAGUGACCUGUACCAGACCAAGGCCAUGGUCCGGCUGAUGGAGGACAGUGGCUGGAGCUGGGUCGGCGUGGUCAUUGCCGACAACGACUACGGACGCUCGGCCCUCAACGCCCUUUUGGCUCAGACCUCGAAGAGAGGGAUUUGCGUGGCCUUCAAGGAGACCAUCCCCAACUCGCUGAGCGACCCUGACUACUCCUCAGCCGUGACGAGGGUCGCCAACGUCAUCCUGACAAACCCCCGCGUCAAGGUGGUGGUGGCGUUUGUGACGGCCCCUCACAUGGAGGUCCUCUUACCGAAGUUGAAGGCCCUGGAGGAUAAGCAGGAGGAGUCAGCCUCAGGAGGAAGGGUGUGGCUGGCCAGCGACGGCUGGUCGUCAACUCCCGAAGUGGCAAGAAACCUGGAUCUGGAGAGCAUCGGGCAGGUGGUAGGCUUCACGUUUAAAAGUAGCAACCUGGAGUCCUACCGCCAGUACCUGCAGAGACUGAAUGAGACCAAGGAGGAGGAGAGAAGACGUAACCCCUUCCUGGAUGAGUUCCUAGAGAUUGGAGAGCUGGACCUGGAAGAGCUGGGUAAGAAGAGCCAGGCUCAGACGGUGUUCAGCGUGGAGUUGGCUGUGAGGGCUCUGGCCCAGGCCGUGAUCGGAGUCUGCAGCAGCAGGAACUGCACCCAGAAAAGCAUCGAGCCGUGGGAGGUCCUGAGAGCUUUGAAGCAGGGCAUGGAAUUUCAGCAGGACGGGGAGACUUAUUUUUUUGACAAGAAUGGAGAAAUCAACCUGGGCUAUAAGGUCACUCUUUGGAAUUCUAAGGAGGGGAAGGUGCAAGUGGGCGACAUUGUGGCAGAGUACCUCCCUUUCAACGACAGCUUCACACACACCAUCCUACCCAGCGCUGCUUACCUCACAGACCUGAAGGAAGUAGUGUCCAGGUGCUCAGAGAGCUGUCUUCCUGGUCAGAUAAAGCAGACAUUUGAAGGACAGCAGCACACCUGCUGUUACAAGUGCAUCAACUGUACUGAGAACCACUACUCCAACAGCACAGACAUGGACUACUGCCUGGCCUGCGACACAGACAGAGAGUGGUCUGACAAGGGCAGCUCCAGGUGCAUCCCUAAAACCCUGGAGUACUUCUCCUGGGACGAUGGCUUUGCGGUGGUCUUGCUGACGCUGGCCGCCCUGGGCAUCCUCCUGUCCCUCCUGGUGGGGGCGCUGUUCCUGCACCAGCGCCACACCCCCGUGGUGAAGGCGGCGGGAGGGGGGUUGUGCCAGGUCAUCCUACUGUCUCUGAUUGGUAGUUUCAUCAGUGCCAUGGUGUUCGUGGGCAAGCCCAGCGACCUGACCUGCAAGGUUCGCCAGGUGCUGUUCGGCCUGAGCUUCACGCUGUGCGUGUCCUGCAUCCUGGUCAAGUCGCUGAAAAUCCUGCUGGCGUUCCAGCUCAACCCGGCGCUGGGGCAGGUGUUCCGCCGCCUCUACCAGCCUCUCGUCAUCGUCUGCGGCUGUCUUGUCCUGCAGCUCCUCACCUGCCUCCUCUGGCUCCUCCUCCUGAGCAGCCCCCGAGUGGAGCGGAAAACCCAGGCCACCUCGGUGCUGGCCGAGUGCCACGAAGGCUCCGACGUGGCGUUCGGCGUGAUGCUGUCCUACAUCGCCGUGCUGGCGCUGGUCUGCUUCCUCUGCGCCUUCAAGGGCCGCAAGCUGCCCCAGAAGUACAACGAGGCCAAGUUCAUCACCUUCGGCAUGCUCCUGUACCUCAUCUCCUGGGCAAUCUUCGUUCCUGUGUACAUCAACACAUCUGGGAAGUACCUGCCGGCGGUGGAGAUGGUGGUCAUCCUCAUCUCCUCCUACGGGAUCCUCUGCUGUCACUUCCUGCCCAAGUGCUACAUCAUCCUGUUCCGGAAGGAGCACAACACCAAGGACGCCUUCAUCCAGGAUGUGCACAACUACGCCUUCCGGGGCCUGGACACCGUGUCCGUCUCUGAGUGUAAUUCACCGGAGGACAAAUGCACGGGUCCUCCUUUCACCAUCGGCCUCCCCUCGACGUUCCUGCCCAGACCACACACACCGACCGCACCCCGCCAGGUCCCGGCAGGGAGCCAGGGAUACCUGAACAGGCAUACACAUCUCAGGAGAUGCACCAGCACCUGAGUUCAUCAGCCAGAGCUUGCUGGUGUUUAAGCCCUGCGAGGGACCAGGGUGUAGGGGAAGACUGAUACAACUGCUGAACCUCAAGUCUUUAACCUGAGCAUCAAACUACGUGCUACGAGCUACAAACUUCGUCUUCUGCCCAAUGUAUACCGUCUAUUUAUAUGUGCACGUUUUUUUUAUAUGUACAGUAAAUAAACAGAAAUAUAUUUGACUACGUACAACAAUGUAAAUUCCUCUCCUCAAGAUGGUUGGUAUUUGCUGUGGGAGCUGAUAAAGUAAAUCUUUUUGAUUCAUAUUGAAAACACAAAUGAUUUUACAUGCUUGAAUAUCUUGAACAUCUUAUGUCAUCUUGACCAUCCUAUGUUGCUGCCACACUGAUGCUAUAAGUACAAAAAAGAGAGUUGUUUAUUCUG